AAUGGGAUUUUUUUUCUCUCUUUUUUUAAUCCUCUUCUCCGUCUUUGUCUUCUCCAUCUGAGUUGAUUCCAUUGAUUUCAAAUUGUGUUGACUCUCUGUCUUGGUGACUCCUUCUGGGGACUUUGUGAUUACUCGAGAUGGAAACAAGGUACCUGUAUCGGAACUUGAUUGUAAUUGGGGGUUUGUGUGGUUCAUCCUUUUGAGAUUGUGAUUUGAAGUUGAGAUUUUUUUUUUGCUGAAGUUUGAUCUUUUAUCUUAUUAUUACUGAUGGGAUGAUGAGAAGCAACCAAUUGGGGGUUUGUCUGCUUAGCUAUGAGAUGAAUCGUGGGUACUUUGCUGAUAUGAAAGAGUUUAAGGAACAUGGUGGUAAGGUGAAGAGAGAGUUAAGAGGCAUCGAGGAACAGAGAAAGAUGAUGAGAAGAGAAGCAGGAGAAGUGAGAAGAAGAAGGAACAUAAAUCUCACAAGCACCACCGAUCAAGUACAUGAAAGUGAGAGUGAAGAAGAUGUUCUUGAUGAAGGUGGUGAUGAUGAGGAUGAUUUGGAGGAAGAGCAUGAGACACAAGUUCGUCCAGAAGCAGAGCCUGAGGUGAAGUGAGAGUGAAGGCGACGGAAGCGUUUGAGAAGAAGACCAAAAGCAGGUGAAGUAACAAUGUUUUCAACAUCGAUUAUUACUCUUCUUCCUGAGGUAAAUAUUUUUAAUGACAUUACCUAUGAAUAUGAUGAAAUGUUUUACAAAUUUUUUUUAAGAACCUUUACUUAAAAAACUUGCAAUGGAAGACAAAAAUUUAGUUGUCUCUUACCUAAAGUUUUAACACAUAUUUAUUACUAAACAAUUGAUUAAGAAACCCUAAUGAGUUCUAAGGAUAAUCAUG